UACUACUUAAAUUUCUUAUACUAUACAUAUUUUUUGAUAGGGACUUGAUCCAGUCUUGUUAGAGCUGUUAUCAAAUGCUGAGAGAAGGAUGUGUGCUAGACAUAUAUGGAGCAAUUGACAUGUGACUUGGAAAGGAGAAGAAAUAAGAAAAUAAUUUUGGAGAUGCUCAAAGUCCAGCUUUGAAGUCAAGUUUAAAGAAGAAGUUCAUGCAAUGUCUAAACUAGGUAAGAAGAAAAUAACAGAGGACUUGUUGCAUUAUGAUCCCACUAGUUGGUGUAGGGCUUUUUUCAAGACUCACUAUAAAUAUGAUGUUGUAGAAAAUAACAUGUGUGAAACUUUCAAUUCCCGAAUCUUAGCUGCUAGACACAAAUUAAUUAUUUUCAUGUUAGAGGAUAUUAGGCAUAAAAUGAUUUACAGACAUAUAGACAUGAUCAAAUUUGCUGAAAUAUAAAUAAUAGACAUUGUAUCCAUGGCAAGAACAAUACUAGAAAAUAAUGAGUAUUCCAAUAGGUGUAAAGUUCAAUGGAAUGGAGUGAGUGAUUUUGAAAUUAGUGAGGGAGAAUAUUCAUUUGUUGUUCACUUGGAAAAGACUGUAGGAUGUGGAUGUUGAGAGGUAUGCCUUGCCCUCAUGUUAUUUGUGCUUAUUAUUACUUGGAUCUUGAUCCUGAUGAACAUGUAAAGCAUUGGUACAGAAAAGAAACAUUUCUCAAGCUUACAACCAUUUCAUCCAAUCUAUUCCCAAUAUGAGCAUGUGGCCUGAUAGUACAAAUCCAUUAAUAGAGCCUCCAAAAUCAAGAAAAAUGCAAGGCAGACCUAGCAAGAAUAGAAGGAAGAGGAAGGAUGAGCCAAAAAAAUUGAUAAACUUUCAAAAAAGGGAGUGAAGAUGACAUGUUUCAUAUGCAAGAAAAUUGGCCAUAAUAAACUGUGUAUGCAGCAAGAUACAAGUAUGGAAGGGAGAGUAUUUCUCAACCUGCACCAUCAAGUGACAGUCAAUCAAGUUCUGUUUGUGGUGACACCAUUGCUGUGCUUAGAGAUACUUAAACAUGACCUAGAAUGGGGUCCAUCACACUCUACUACCAGAACCACAUAUGCAACUACACAACUAAGUCAACCAAGCUCUGUUUAUGGUGACACAACAACUGUGCCAAGAGCUCCUCAAACAAGGUUGCAGGUUGGGACUGGAAGAAGAUUGAGGAGAAAAAGAGCUAAUGCAAGAGGGACCCCAUUUGUUAGUGAAAGAGUUGACUCUUCAAUCCAAGUGUCACCUUUAUUAGGUCACAAGGGACCAUACAGUUCUGCCUCAUUUGCAGCUGUUUAUGGAGGAAACAAAAGGCCUACAACUGGUUUUGGUGUUUACUUUGAUCCUACAACUGGAACCUAAGUGUUUAAUGUAUGUUCACCCAUAACAGGCUUACUCGUAUAUACUCUUGUUAACUCUA